UGGUUUGCAUUUUGUUUGGUUGUUAUUUGAAUAUUUAUAGCAGUACUCAAAUAAAUGUAAUUAAAAGUGGUACAUUAGUGCACAAGAUGAUUUUCUUCGGUUUUUUACUAGGAUGGUCCUUCAUUCAGGGAUUUCUAGCUAACGAUACGGAGAUUGUACCACAUGGACUUGUAAAAAGAGCGAAAAAACCAGAGUGUGUGUUUCAAGGCCUCGAAAUCUUGAGAUGUGACCGGAGAGAAUGGAGUGAAGAUGAAAAGUUCACCGAUUAUUUGCUUAGCCGCCGACGCCCAUAUAGAAUACUCGCUUUGCCCAAGAUAACUUUAGGCUGUGAUCCGAGAGAUCUGAGCAUUAGAUGGAGAUAUAUAAAAUUAGGGGGAUCAUCCGAGUCAUAUAUUAUGGAGAUGUAUAAUGGCAAGUUUGUUUACACAACCAGGGUUUUUUAUCAUUGGUAUCCUUAUAAGUUAGAAGCGAUCGUCAGAGGUUACGGAAUUGAGCGAACUGCAACCUGCGUUGUCUCUUUUGAGCCAGAUCCUCCUAUGGCGUUCAUUUCUGGUGGAACUAAGAUAGUAAUGACUUUUGCCCUUCCGAUAUACCUUCUUGGUAAUAAUUCAAAAGCUUACGAUUAUCCUCCCCCGACAAAAGAGAUCAUCUAUCGGUGGGAAUGCAAAAUUAUGGAUAGACCUGCAGGCGAGGGCUGGAUCGACUGGAUGACCAAUAAAGCUUUGAACUCGAUUAAGAUGUUGACAGAAUGGUUUCCAUGGCUCUGUCCAGCUUAUAAUAACAAACUUGGCGAUGGGCCGAUAUUAAGGUAUAAACUUUUACAACCGAUUACUAUACUAUUCAAUAUGGAGGUAAAAUUAAUUGUUAACACUCCUUAUCAGUAUACUGAGGAUACAGACACCAUAGAACUAGAAUGUAACCCAGUUCGAGUGUAUCCAGUUCAAAUUAGAGAACUUAAAAAUGCUUAUAAAUAUAUAAUUCCUUAUGAGUCUAUGAUUUUUCAAGCAGUGUGCCCACACUGUGGUGGUACUGCAGAAUUCGAAUGGACUUUAAGUGGAGGACUUGAAAGCCUUGAUAGCAGAUACGUUAAAGUAAAUAGAGACAUCAUUGUAAUCAGGAGGGAGUACGACAACUCCAAAAAUAUAUUGAACAUCACAUGCACAACCCAUGGACGCAUAUUCACGGCGCCGUCUUAUCGUCAUAACAUUCGGGCUAGUGUGUUAGAAUCACCCAGUUGUACUAUGAAGCAAGAUACAGAUCCUCAUGUUUUUAAAAUAUCCUGCAGUUCCAAUGCUAAUCCUCCAUUUGACAAACGAAAACGGUAUUAUAGGGUUUAUGAGAACGACCCCCACAGGAUAAUGUUAGGCACAAUCUACACAAGCAACCACCAUAUGAUUUUUGGACGUGCCACUACAAAAUAUGUUGUCGACACGGUAGAUGUGGGUGACAGAAUUUAUUCCGGUUCGGUAGAGCUGGAUGCUAAUUUUGAUUUUAAACCAAUGUUUACUGGAACAAUUGAAGACGUAAUCAAAGGUUUAAAAGGUGUAUACGAGGGAACUAUCAAGUUCUGGACCGGCCUACCGGUUAAAUGGCUUGGCGAACAGAACGAGGUGGAAUGCACAACGCAAACAAUGCAUGUGAUACUUAGGGACCUACAAAAUACCAAAUUUAAUCUUACUCCCGAGAACCUUAUUGAAUUGGCCAACUUCAAAGUACAAAUGAUGGAUGACCUCAAAGAACUCGAUUUUGGUAUGGAUUUAGAUUACGCGCGCAUCGUUUUAGGCGUUUUGCUUACAUCAAGUGAAACAGCAUUGCAAAUGGGAGCAAAAAAUGCGAAGGAAUAUUACAAAACAGCCGAAGCGAUGAAACGUACAGCGGACAAAGCGCUCUUAAUAAUAGAAGAGAGCGUUGAACCUAUACUUUUCAUGGCGGACGUGAUACUAUAUGCCAGCGGUAUGGUAGACCUUUGGAUUUUACUAUCCAUACCAAAUGAAGGAGAUAUUAAGCCUCCAGAUGUAGUAUCUAAUAAGAAUGAUGCCGUAGGGGAUAUUCUAAUGGAAGACAUCACAGAAAAUUAUGACCAAUAUGAAAGUUUGGAUCCCGAAAGAGAUACCAAAAUAGCUUACUACAGGGAAACCUGGCGACUGAUGGAGGAAAGCUUUCUUAAUGUCGCGCGCACUUUACUGCAAGCAACUGUAGAUGGAGAUGAUGGAAUAGAUAUAAACACAUCCAAAUUACGCUUCCAAUUGAUUUCAGAGCCUACUAAUGUAUUGUAUUAUAUCGAAAUUGGAUGGGCACCCGUAUACAAAGUCAAGUUUCAACCUAAACUUGCUAAACUAUAUGACUGGUAUAAAUAUUUGAGCGUUUUGGUAGUCGAAUUUAAGAGCAAUGAGAGCAAUCCUCUUUGGUACGAUUUAAGUAAGGAGUACUAUCGCCUCCCUGUACUUUAUGUUCAAUUAUUCGACACAAGAAGCUCGGUCGGGAUGAUUGAAGAUUUGCUUCGAAUUGAGUUCAAUAUACAAAAGGACACAAACCCAGAAACUAUGUCUGGAGAUUACAAUCAGUUUCUGGCGAUAGCUCCACUUAAGCUUGAAAAAUGGAUACCAUCACGCAUGGAACGGCUUAUAAAUGUACAUCGCAUCGACGUAAAUCACGGUGCUGCCCUUUUUAUAAAUUUUCAGAUUGCAGAGAAGGAAUCGUUGGAGGUACUGGUGACAUAUAACAAAGUACCCUUGUGGGAACAGUUUGAUGAUGCUCGCUAUUCACAACAAGUGAAAACUUUCUACGCUCCUAACAAACUAUAUAUCUCCUUUAUCCCUCACGAAUUGACUAAAUAUGGUGAUGUGUGGGGAUAUAUCGCAGUAAGACCUGCUAAGUCAAAUGUGCAUAUGGAGCGCGAUACGUCAGACAUAAGUAUUAACUACAAUGUAUCCUUUAAAAUAUUCACGUGCGCGUACUGGAGCGUCGCUUUUAACACGUGGUUAACUGACGCUUGCUUUAUCUCAGAGGAAUCGACACCACAGUACUUGGUAUGCGUGUGUCACCAUUUCUCAUCUUUUGUGCGUGUCACAUUUGAUGCCCAACACGUAUUGGUACCAUUUCACAGUUUAAAAGUUGUGAUUCAGAGACAAAUUUGCUUCAUAGCUUACAUUGCCGUCUUUCUUGCACUAGCUCUAUACUGCCUAAUUUUGUGCUGCGGUGUUAAAAAGGGAGUGGAGUUAAACCAAACGAUGUACUAUUUGGCAGACAACAUCCCGGUAAACGCCUACGGUUACAUUUUGUGUGUGAAAACUGGAAUCCAGUCAGACGCAGGUACUACCUCUAAUAUCACAAUUAUCGUCGAAGGCACCAAUUGUGACAGCAAGCCACAUUUAAUCAACUAUCCUGACCCAGAAAUGAGACUACUUCAACGAGACCAGGAAGACACAUUUGUCUUUACAACGGAAUGCUUCUUGGGAGACAUUAUCCAAAUCGCACUUUGGCAUGACUCUGUUGGGGCGCGACCUUCAUGGUACUGUGAGUGGCUAACGGUAAUGGACAUGCAAACCAAGAAAGAAUAUUAUUUCCAAGUGAACGCUUGGUUUUCCGUACUGGACAAGGAAACCCGUCCCUUAAGAGUGAAAGUCGUAGACGAGAAGAUUCGAAAGAAACUCAGAGAUCGAAUGGGCUGUAUCAGUCGACUUGCACAAACUGCAAAGGAUCACCUAUUUAAUUUAUGUCAAACAUUUCAGACGACCGAUUUGCCAUUCUUCCACAGAAUGACCCUCAUACUAUCCAUUCACCUAUUGACAUUCUCGUGCGCGUUUUCUAUGUACGGAGUUCCAAAGCUUCGUAUGUAUGAUUCACUUGGUUUUGGGGAGAUUUCGAUAAAUGCACACGUGAUUGCUUGCUCAUUGUUUGCCGGCGCAACAUCUUAUUUUACACACAUCGCAAUUGUGACACUCUUCAGGUACGCGUUUUACAAAAAUCUGUUCACCCACCAAACCAUGUUCCUAGUUGUCCUCCCAUGGAUCAUGUUAAUAACGGUUUUAUUGGGCAGCUUUACAUUUCUGAUAAUUUACGGUUUUUGGCUCCCAUACAUUAGCAGCGUAUUGUUUAUGAUCUCGUCGGGCUUUGCGAUUUUGCAGAUCAUCUUUAUAUUCGAAGGCGCCCACAUCAUUUUCAAAAACCUGAUCUUCUUCGAUGUAGUAAAACUGAAUCGAUUCGUAACUGGCAUGGCCGCCGUGAUUCACGAAACCGAGUACCAGAGGGAUAAGUUAUACGAAAAAUUUGGCCCAUUUUUGCUGCGACCUUUCUUUUCCGAGAAAUACAAACCACUAACUAGAACGGAAUGGCUGGUAAAACGAGAAAAGGAAUGGGCGAGGCGUAGGUAUUCCAGAUUCAUGACAGACACCAUUUUGUAUAUCUUGUAUUUCUUGACGUUGUUAUUAUUUAUAAUAUACACGAAGAAUUCAACUAUCGGGGACGCUAGUACUAACUUGAAACAGAUUAUCGAUGGAAGCGCGUGGAAUGAGUAUUAUCGCUUUUCUAAGGUUCGCACUACAGAGGACAUUUACAAUUACCUAAGUCAAACCUUGAAAAGCGCCAUUAACGCCAAUAAUUGGUACAAUGGAUGGUUUGAAAGAAAUCCUGGACUAAUGAGAGACUUUAACACCAAGAUCAUCGGCAUUGGCAGAUUACGCCAAAUUAGAGUUUCCGAAGGAUGCACGGUCGCUCCCCAAUUUGCUUCUUAUUUUGAAAAGAACUGUAUGCCGGAAUACUCGUGGUUAAAUCGCGAUGAAAAAGUCUAUGUUCAGAAAUGGAAAGUUUUUAACGCGAGUGACAAAAGAAACAUAAUUUCCAAAGUGUGGGCGUAUCUGAAUGAAGGUUUUACAUUUGUGGGUGAUUCAGGCAAUUACCCAUCCGGAGGCUACGUUGCUUAUCUGCCGAGGGACAAGGUUAACUAUCCCACCACACUUGGUCACUUUCAAGAGAACAACUGGUUAGAUAAACGCACUAGAUUAAUAAGUCUCGAAUUUCUGGCUUACAACGCCAAUGCGAAUACUUUCCACGCAGUCAUGUUCGUAAUUGAGAAACUCGCAACCGGACUUUUUAUACAAAGCGAAAGGAUGGACACCUUUGAAGCAGUGAGCGCGAAUGACACGGACAAACAGAUAACGCUGAUAAUCUUUUUUGUGUUUGUAAUGUUAACAGUGCUCCUGUUGGCGCGAAACCUUUUGGAGGCAGGCAAUUACUGGGCUCUAUACUCGCACGAUUUCUGGUGCAUCUGGGAUUUCUGUACGUUACUGAUAACUUCGAUAUUUUCCAUUUUUUCCGCAUAUAAAUUUUAUUUGAUCGAAGCAUUCUUCCAACGUAUGAGUACGUCGAGGCAAAACACCAUGUUGGAGUACAAAGAUAUUGUAAUUGUCCAGAGAAUGAUUACCUUCUUCUUGGGCUUAUCAUUUGCUAUGAUUUUGAUAAGAAUCUUCAGUAUCAUGCAGCUAACGAAAUCUUUUCGUUUGAUAAAGAGUGCCUUUGGUGCCAUAUGGAAGAGUGCGGUUUGCCUUCUUAUAGUUCACUUACUAAUGCUACUCACUUUCUCGCUCUGCGCCAAUUGUUUCUUCGGCUCUCGCGUUAAAGACUUCCGCCACUUCUCAACCAGCUUCGAGACUUUGGUGCUACUGUCAAUGACUCACUAUAAUUCUUUUGAUUAUAACAAUUUUUGGGAGAAGGCAUCACUUGCACGACCAUUUUAUAUUUUCUUCGCAUCGAUCAUGCUAAUCAUUAAAGGAUUUUACAUUGCGAUCAUUUUGGUGCAGUUUCAAAAUGGAAGACGAAAUAUUGGUUUGGAUGCGACUUAUAAAUUUACUGAUUAUUUGCGGGAUGAAUAUAAGUUUCGUAGAGGAUUAGUACUUAGAAAAAAGAAAAGAUUCGCGGGUGGGGGGUUGCCGAAUCCAGUUGCGGCGCUAAACCAAACGCCAACGGUGAGCCCGAAAGAAUGGUCACUUCGCAACAAAAACGUUUAUAGUAUUUCCGAUUAUCGACUAUAUGUGAUGUCAUUGGUGGCUAAAUCUGUAAUCUUACAAGACGCGGCAGGCGUAGUAGCUACUGAUUCAGAUGAAAUGUAUGCGUUAGCAUUUCAUAUCUUAUGCAAGCAAGAAGACGAUUCAGCCCAAUUUACCGGCUUCAGAUCGCCGGAAUCGUCGCCAAUUAUAGUGUCGGACUUUAGAUUUAAGCAAAUGGAGCGUGUCGCCCAUAACAUUCUACUUAAAGGAGCAGGACCCAUGGGAGGAUUUGAACAAAACAUGUCUGAAUACAUGGAACGUGUUAAUGAACAACUUGACUUUACCAAGAAUACUUUAUCCACAAUUAAAGACGUUCUCGCACAUAUUGCAGUUAUAAAGCAUGAGACAGAAGAAGAUAAUACGUAGUUAGUUCCCGGUUUGUUAUGUAUUGUUUACAUUACCUUAGCUUAAGAAAAGGUAUGUUAGCGGUUAAUGUUUAGAAUAUUGCUAAUUAAAUAAAAAAUUUGUUACCUUUUAAUUACAAUGAAUUAGUCAAAUAUUCAUUGUUUGCGUUGCAUAACUGACUUAAGUCUUAAGGGUUUUGAAAAGUUCUAAAAGCCUUUUUAAGAUUUUUGUAGGCUCCUUGAAACUCUAAAGACCAUCAAAAAUCAUUGCAAACUAUUAGAGAGAAAACAUUUAAUAACUAAUGAAGGCUUGAAUCUUCUUAAAGGCCAAUGAACCUCUUUAAAGCUCUUGUGGUCGUUUGCACCGACAAAUUUAAGUGGAGCUUAGCAUAAGGGUAGCUUAAAAUCCAUGGCAACGAUUAUUGAGACAAUGGUUGCCAUAGAUUUUAAGCUAUGCUAAGCUAAGCUCCAUUUAUUCAUUAAUUAUCCCUCUCUUGUUCUGGGCCCUCAACAAGCUUGCGCCCAAUUAAUUGUCAUUAAUUGUGUCCAUUGCCUAUCAUUUAAACAGUUCGAAAACUAAUAUAAAGGAGGGCAUAGUUCAUUUAUAUUAUAUGACAUAGGUAU